AUGAGUACUUUUAUACAAUCGCAAUUUGCAGUUUCUGACAAGCAAAUAUUUGAUUUUUAAAAACCCUAAGAGUAUUCUGAUUCAGAAGAGGAAGAAAUGCGUUUAUAGCUAUAAUUAAUGAAUAGCAAGGAUUUGAAAAAAUAAAAGAAACUAUUUGACAUUGAAAGCAUAAAGAGUGAGCUUAACAGUAGACCAUCACUCGAAAUGGAAUAAUAUCCUUAAAAAUUUGGUAGAAAAAUAUAGAAAGCCAGUAUGAGAUAAUUACCUCAUCUGUUUAUUCCAACAUCUUCAGUGUUGAUUGAAUAACUUGGAAAUAUUCGAGCAUUUAAAAUGAUGAAAGAGUAAGUUCCACCAGAGGUGAUGCAUAAAGUAUAUACUUAAUUAAGGUAUGUAUAUAAAUAGAUUUAGAUAUUAGUAUGUUUAAGCAUUCAAUGUAAUUUACAGAUAAGGGGAUUAAAAUAAACGAUACUAUAUUGUAUUAGAUGGUAGAUGUGUUGUUAUGAAACCCAGAGAGAAAAUGGUAGGAAUCUAAAAGGUAGAAUUCGAUAUUGAAAAUUAAACAACGAACGAUAACAAAAUUCCUUAAGAUCCAUAUGGAUUAAAGAAUUUAUUUCCUGAUUACCUUGUAGUAAAAAUGAUUUUUUAAGGAGAGUAUAAUUAUAUAAUAAUAUAUAAGUUCAUUUGGAGAAGUAGCUAUCAAAUUAGAAAGUACACGUGCAUCUACAGUUUUUGCUGUAGAAAAUACACAUCUAUUAUAUAUAAGUGAAGCUGCUUAUAUUUAGCUUCUUGAUCCUUAUUUGAGUUAAGUACUUGAAGAUAAAAUUUAAUAUUUUAAAAAGAAUAUUAUUUUCACAUCUGUUGAAACUGAUAUAACUGAAAUCAUGGGUAUAUUACUUGAAUGUCACAAAAUAACAUAUAAAGCAGGAGAUACUAUUUAUGAUGAGGGAAAUAAAUCUAAUUAUAUUUAUUUUAUCGUAAGUGGAGAAGUAGAAUUAUCUAAAAAGGUUGCUGAUACAAAUUUAGUAUUAUCAUCUUAUGGAGAAUAUUAAUAAUUUGGAGAAAUUGAAAUACUCAAUAAAAUUGAAAGAUUUACUAAAGCAAGAGUUAUUACACCAAGAUUAAUUGUAUAUAAAAUAAGGAAGACUAAAUUCUUUAAUAAUUUAGGUAACUUUCUUGUCUAUGAAAAUAUGAAAAGAAAAUCCAUACUUAUAUUAAAACAUUGGAAACUUAUCUUUAAUUCUGCUCUAUCCUAAAUUAAUAGAUAAACUGAUGUAAUUACCUAAUUUUAUUUAUUAAGCCAUAUCUAAGUUCACAUCGUAGAUAAUUAAAAUCAAAAAAGAAUAAACAUGAUAGUUCUAAUUAAAGUUUAAGUUAAGUCUAAGUCUUUUAACAUUUAACUGAUGCUGGAAUAUUUUCAGAUGACUAAUAACAUUAUUUAGGUUCCGAUGAUACAAAUUCAAAAAGAGGAUUCAGCAGUGCUUUGUAAUAAUUUUAAGCCAAAUUAAAAAAAUAAGGAAAUCAUGCUUCUCAAAUAGAAUCAGCUACAAAUAAAGUUAGAGAUAAGUAUCUAUUUAUAUUAUUAUAGAACUUUUACAACAGAUGAAUAUUAAUCUCCUAAGCCUAUUGUACAUGGCAAAUUUUCUUUUCAUGUUAAAUUACCUACUAUCAGUCCAAAUAAAAUUCUACCUUAAAUGAAUUUAGAUUAAAUACUUGAUUCAAUCACUAAACUUCCUAAAGUUCCUACUGAUAAUCUUGUUAUCUCUUUGAUGUAUUAAUAAGCUUAUAAGUCUAAUAAUCCAGAUAAAAGAGCUAGGCAAAUUUAAUAAGUUAUACAAGCUUCAUUUAGAAAUGUUAGAAAACAUUUAGAAUCUAAAGAUAAAAAAUAAAUAUACCAUAGAUUUAAAUCAUAAGAUUCAUUAUUAAGAAACUUAAGAAUGAGUGAUAAUAUUGAAGAAAAAAAAGAAAAAAUAGAUUAUUUAAACUUUGUUCAUCCUAAACAAAUAUUUUGA